GGUCCGGUAUAAAAGCAACGCCAUUUCGCGUCGAGAAUGGCCUCUCAAAGCAAGACACACAUGAUUUCCUCAGCUCACUUAUCCUCAUAGGCGGCUCAGCAAGGGUCAAGCUCAUUGCAAGCAUACAAAGUGCAUACAUUUCCAAGCAGCAACCACAUUCGCACACCCUCGCACUCUAUAGCGUUUGAAGGAGCAACAUGUCGCUCAACAAGUAUAGCCGCGGACACUGGUCCCUCUCGAGCUCUGCGCUUCCUGCUCUACUGCUGGCUGCCGUCCUGUGCGCUUGGCUCUCCGCCUCGUCAACUUCAGCCCUCGAGAUGCGCAGUGCGCAUGUAGGACUGCACGACGGUCAGCAAUCUAUUUCUCUGAUCACGCGCCGCGAGCCUCUUCAAGACGCUAGCAAAUCCGAUUCGCUGGACCCCAAGUCAGACAUUGUGCCGAGCCCGACUGCCUUUGGUCUCUCGCUCUUCCGCAGGGCAGGAACAACAUGCAUGGGCUGCUGUCUUACUCAUCCCGUUUGCGCUCAGGGCGAGAGCGCUCAUCAAGCCUGCGGCACCUGCAGUGGAGCGCAGUGUGCGGGCUGCCCCAAGUCGAACCCCAUUCCCAAGCCCCCUCACCGUCGUCGCGAACCUCUCAUCGUCUCGGCUGGUGAGGCCCACGCUCUGGAGCGUAGGACCGAGAGCGCAAUGGCUCCAGCCUCGUUGGGCCUGCCUCUUUCCCGCCGAGCGGGCAAGUGCGACUCGUGCUGUACGGCGCCCUUGGCUUGCGGUGGCUACAGUUGCGAAGCCUGCAGUCCCGAUCAAUGCUUGGGCUGCCCUCCGGGACAUCCGCCCCGCAAGCGCGAGACUGUUCAGGUGGGAGCAGAUGACGCGAGCAUCGAGCUGGCAAGGAAGGAGACCAGCAUCAGCACCCCGGCAGAAUUUGCUAUUUCGAUGUUCCGCAGGGCUGGAAAAUGCGACGCUUGCUGCAAAGAGCCACAGACUUGCGGAGUGGAGCAAGGGUGCGAUACUUGUGCGUGGUCCCAGUGCACAAGCUGCCCACACCAUUACAUUCGCCGUCAAUUGCGCUCCCCUGUGGAGCCUGCGAAAGAAGGCGCAUGCGAACCUUGCUGCGCCACGGUGAAAACAUGCCUCAAAAACGGAAGAUCGUGCGUGAACUGCAGCGUCGACGACUGCAAGGGCUGUCCGCCGUUCUCCCUUUCGCUGCACACGAGGGCUGAGACUCGCUCCGUUGAGACCAGCGUCAAUCUUCUACCCAGGAAAGCAUGCAAUCCCUGCUGUGCUACGCGCGCAGCCUGUAUGGCUGGCACAGGACCAUGCGUCGAGUGCGGUGCCGACGACUGCAAUGGCUGCCCUCCCGAGAUUCCGCCGCUCGAGAAACGCGAAUCAGGGGUCUCGAUGAGGAUUGACUGGCCGCUGGCCAUGCGCUCCCACAUUGUCUCGAUGCCCUUUGACGUUGUGAACAAGAGACAAGAGGACAAUGGGAACAACAAGGGUCCACCGACGAAGGGCAACGCCUGCAUGCUGUGCUGCAAAUUCCUCAAGACUUGCAAGCCACCCAACUGCCCUACAUGCGAUCCAAAGACGUGCACGGGUUGCCCUCCGUGAUGCCCAAGACUGUGGGCCCCAACUUGAUCAGGCGAACCCCUUUUCGUCAAGGCCAGAGAUUGCUUAGGGCGUAAGAGCGCUGCUUGAUGAAUCAGGA